AUGGAGUUAAGAGGUUUUUUUGCAGUGAGUAUACCAAAUAAGGGCCAAUUUAUUUAGCCGCAUCAUUCUAAGUUUGCGAUUAAUUCUGGGGACCGAGUUUUGUGAGAUGAGUUUUACGGACGGGGCCUGCAAGAAGUGCUUUAUUCAGAGUUUACAACUUAAAACAAAGUAUUUCUCUUUUUAUAUGCAGUCGAACCUCCCGAAAUGCAAAGGUUUAGGGCGGGUCACUUAGGGUUUAUCUCCACUGUCGCGUAACUUUUCCGUGCGAAUGCACGUAAAAUUUACAUGCGUUAAUGAGAUAGAGGCAAUGUAUGAAAGGCCGUGCGUAAGCGUAAAAGUUGAACCUAGCUCACCUUUCACGCUUACGCGUGAACGUCCAUACAUUGCCUCUAUUUCAUUUACGCGCUUAAAAUUCCUUUACGGGAACGGAGGUCGUCGCUUACAAGAAUCUAGCCACUUUUUGCCGUAGAAUUUAUUGCUUGCAAUUUCUAAGUCACGUAUGCAUGUAAUUUUGUUUUUGACACUUUACAAGUUCUCAGAAUCGAACCACUUUUUGCCGUAGAAUUUAUUGCUUGCAAUUUUUAAGUUACGUAUACCUGUAUUUUGUUUUGACACUUCAUACGUUCUUCGUUGAGCGUCGUAGUACUUACAGCGAGCAACAAUGCAUCAAGUGGUCACCGGCUUACAGGAGAUUAAAUAUAAUGGGAAACAUCUAGCCAAAAAGUGGUCAAAGUCGCUUACGAGAGGUUCUAAUCAUUGAGAAUUGACUGGGACAAAAAGUUUUUCUAGGCAGGUGGUCGCUUCUAAUGGGAGGCGGUCGCUUACGAGAUCUUACGAAGGGUAGUCACACACAGAGGUUUGACGGUAUUUUGAGUUUGAGGGUAAACUAUCUUCGAAUUUAGUUUGAUUUUUGUUUCAACUUAUAAUAUCUGCUUUCUUUGUUCCUAGACUGUUUUCGCCUUUUUGUUUACUGUGGAAGUAUACUCUCGCCCUUUUAUCAGUUUUGACUCGGUAAAGCUAACUGUCAGUGGUUGCACUAAUGGUGGGUUUUAUAUGAGAAUUAACACGAUAAAUUGUGAAAAUAAAAACUCGCGAAUGGAAUGCCCAGCGAUGGCGGAUGGCGAAACGAACAGCAGUCCAAGCACACGUAAGUUGGCGGGUUUCUUGAUGUUGUUCUACUGCUCUCAGUCACUUUCCAUCUCAAAAUUAUUUUAAAACGGAAAAAAAUUUACAAGCAGAAAAUUUCAUAUUUUAUUACUAACGGACGAUCGUGCCGAAAAGACACGGAUUCAACAACAGGCAAGUUCGCGAGUUUCAUGAAGUGAUUCGACUGCCGUCAGUCACUUUCCAUCUCAAAAUCAUUUUAAGAUGGAAAAGAUUUCUACAAGCCGAAAAUUUAGCCGUAUUUUAUUACCAAAGGCAAUCGCACGACUGCGGGAACCAUGUGGUUUGGCUAAUUUCUAAGUUAUUGGCGAUACAGCGUGAUUUUCGAUACACCCCACCCCCACCCGUGGAAAAAUCGUUUUCACUUCUCCAAGAAAUAUUUAAUUUUGCAAUGUUAUUCUUCUUUUUACCUAAUUUUGAUAAAUUGAAAAUUUGUCUCCUAUUAUCCCCUUUGGCUCUCUCUGGUUUGAUCAGGAAUGUGUCACCACUUGACAGAAAAAUAAAAUGUGAGAUUUUCUAAAAGUCACUGGUGCUAUGUCAUAAAGCUUAUAUAUUGGUGUUAUGUUUCUGCAGUUUUUACGUUGGAAAGAAAUACAUCUAUAGCCAGACUGAAUAAGCUGAGAUGCAUCUCUUUCAACAACACCUAUUCACUUAUGGUACAAGGAAACAAUGUCAGCUUCGUGGUGAGUGAGUAUAAGGCUUAGUAUAAGGCUUAAAAUUGUGAAACAAUCAUCCUUUUUAAAAAAGGACCUUACGAUUAUCCUUUACUGCAGCAAUAGAUUUGAUAAAUAGGUUCCCGAUAACUCAAACCUUUAAGGAGAAUCGAGAGGAAUGCAAGUAUCAACCACACUCCACUUCAAGGACAACAAGAAAAAUGGAAUUUUUUUUGGAAAAAAGAACUUGAUUAAUCAGUACAGGGAUAAACAUUAUAUUUAAAUUGGACUAAAUAAAAAGUAAAGAUAAAGAAUACACGGUUGUUUUGAAAUAAAUUCAAUGUUUUGAAAUGCAGUUAACUGCUUUUUUUCGCCUUGUCACGCGCUUAAAUCCAUGGUUGGAGUUAGCGAGGGUGAAAUAAUUGUAUAGAAUGAUCCGAGGGGAAACAAAAAUUACUUCGAGGUAGCGGGAGGUUCGAGUUAUCAGGAGUCGACUGUAUUCUUGAAUUACUUUUUGUAAUUUUCUGGCUUAUUGUAAGAGUCUAUCGUAAAAAAUAAAUGAACAAAUAAAUAAAUAAAUAAAUAAUAAUAAUAAUAACAAUAAUAAUAAUAAUUAAUUUUUUUAUCUGUUGCUUUCACAGAAUGUUUCCUGUGAAAAAGGAGGCAAUAACGUUUGGUUUAAAUUUAAGAAGUUGCCCGAUGACUCAGGGAGUUAUCUUGGGUUUUUUAUACCAGGUAGUACGAUGUGUCUUACUCGCAGUUGUAAUGGAACCUUGUCUGUAGAGAAAGUUAACUCAACAACUGACCGAAAAUGCUUCUUUAGACAGAGAAUUAUUAGAUGA